UAUAUAUAUAUAUAUAUACACACACAUAUGGAUGCUUGGCCAUGCAAGCAUGUAGGCGUAGGAUAUGCGCAUAAGAGAAGAGUUAGGUCUGGGAGACUCCCUUGCGUUCAUUAAUUAUUCUAGGGAAAAAAAUAAAUUAAGGAAAAUGUGAGUUAAUUAAUUUUCUUAAUCUUUUAAUAAUAGUGAUUAAGAGUUGAUUUAAUGGUUCUUAAUCACGUGGUAAAUUUCAUCUAUUAAUCUCUCUCUAUAAAAGCAGAAGCUACCCCCACUCCACACUCAAUAUCACCACCAUCCUUUCUCUCUCUCUCUCUUUCUUUCUCCUUCUCUCUAUAUGAUAUCAUAUAUAUAUAGAUCAACAAUACAGAGUAAUAUAUAUAUAUAAGAAAGAAUAUAUAAUAAUAUUAUAACUUGGAGGGGGGGAAGGAUGAAUAUGGAGAAAAAAGGAAGCAGCAGCUCAGGAGACGCGGAGGUGAGAAAAGGGCCGUGGACGAUGGAAGAGGAUCUGAUUCUCAUCAACUACAUCGCCAACCACGGUGAAGGAGUUUGGAACUCUCUUGCCAAAGCUGCAGGUCUUAAACGCACCGGAAAAAGUUGUCGUCUCCGGUGGCUGAACUAUCUGAGACCCGACGUAAAACGUGGAAACAUCACUCCGGAGGAGCAGCUCACCAUCAUGGAGCUCCAUGCAAAGUGGGGAAACAGAUGGUCCAAAAUUGCCAAGCAUCUGCCGGGAAGAACCGACAAUGAAAUCAAAAACUUUUGGAGGACAAGGGUCCAAAAGUACAUAAAGCAAGCCGAAACGACGUCGUCCGUUGGAUCACAGGGCUCAGAGAUCAACGAUCAGGCGAGCUCCAACCAAGCCUUCGGCACGCAAGAAGCAUUAUACUCUCCGACAACGGCGUCGUAUCAAGCAAACAUGGGACUGGACUACAACUAUCCUCCCUCGUCGGCGUCGCAGAUGCAGUUGCCGAUCGAUCAGACCGGCGAAAACUAUUGGACCAUGGAUGAUCUCUGGUCCAUGCAACUACUCAAUGGUAAUUAAUUAGUUGAUGAAAUAAUGACGGCCCACAGAGAUGAUCAUUGAUUCGAGUACUUUCAAUUUGGGCCCGUCGAUGCAAAAAAAAAAAAAAAGGGCUUGCUUAUACUUUAUAUAUAUCGAUGUAAGUACUGUGCUUAGUACUUCAAUCAAACUUAAUAUGGUUUGUGUCCAUGUUUAAUGUACUUAAUUAUAAAAGGUAAGUAAAACUAUGGAAUGGACCGUAUAUUUUUUUCGGAUU